GACAUAUUUAAACGAGCUUUAUAAAUUUCCAUACAUUUGUUAAUUUAUUUUGAUAUGCAUAUUUAAAUGCGUUUUGUCAAUCUCCAUGUUAUUUGCCAUGGUGUUUCCGACUUGUUCUAUACGUGUGUGUAAAAUAUUUAAAAUUGUUUAAAUAAUAAUGUUGCAUAAUAAGUGUUAAUAAUUACCGCGACAUUUCUGAUGUAUCGCAACCCGACCGUGAAAAGUUAUUUUGAAAAUUUGUGGAAGUUCCCGAGAAAGAAAAGUUUGAAUGAAAAUUCAAAAUCAUGUCAGUGACAACCAUAUUGUUACUUUUAAUAGUAACCAGUGUUAUAAAAGCAAAUUCAUUGGUACCUGAAGACGCUCAUCUCAAUUUCACCGAACUAAGUAUAAAAUACGGCCACAGAGCAUUAGAACACAGAGUAACCACAGAAGAUGGCUACAUUCUCACUCUGUUCCGCAUACCAGGGAAGAAACCCCCAGUUCUAUUACUACACGGCUUAAACGACUGCUCAGACUCAUUCAUCAUCCGAGGCAAUAGUUCUUUAGCUAUAACAUUAGCUGAUAAAGACUAUGAUGUCUGGGCUGCAAAUUCGAGAGGUAAUAAGUACGCUAGAGAACAUGUCAAGCUAAACCCAGAUACAGACCCACUGUUCUGGGACUACAGUUUUCACGAACGUGGAUACUACGAUCUCCCAGCUAUCAUAGAUUAUAUCUUAAACGCAACAGGAUAUAAGACUCUUAAAAGCAUCGGACAUUCAGAAGGAACCACUGAUCACUUCGUGUUAGGAUCGCUGAGACCUGAAUAUAAUGAGAAGGUCCAAAUCUUAAUAGCAAUGGGACCGUCGGCGUUUUUUAAACAUUUGACUUCACCCUUAUCAUUAAUAAUCGAAAUGGGACCUUUGGUAGACCAAGUUUUUAGCCCUUUUAAAAUCGAAGAGGUAUUCCGCGAUGGAAGCGUUGAGAAAAUAAUUUUUCAAGCAUUCUGUACUCAGAACCCUGUUUUAUGCCGCAGCCUGAUCUUCCAAGUUGGCGGUUACGAUCCUAAACGGCUAGAACGAGAGUUUUUACCUGUAUUAUUUGGACAUUUUCCAUCAUCAGGAUCGAGGAAAAGUCUUAUACAUUAUAACCAACUAGGGUUAAGAAAGCGGUUUGCGUUAUACGACUAUGGUGCUGCGGAAAAUUUAAAACGUUACGGCAAAACUGAACCACCGGAUUACAACCUUGCACAGUACACUAUAAAAACAGCCCUGUUUGCGGGAAAUAAUGACCUUAUGUGCAAUCUUAAAGACGUGGAAUAUCUUCGAACUGUCCUACCCAACGUUGUGUUGUAUCAUGUGAUGGAGUCGAAAAAAUGGAAUCAUUACGACUUCGUGUGGGGAAAUGACUUGCCCAAGACUUUGUAUCCUCAUAUAUUGAAAUUGCUGGAGACAUUUUGAAAAGGUUUUCUAAAUAAAAAAUAUGUUCACAAG